AACUGUUGAGCUGUAUACCUGGGUCAACUUUGGAAGGCGGAUAGAACUUUCUUCGCAGCAGAAGAUUGAAGUAAAAGGAAAAGGCACGUUCGUGGAUUUUGAUGACGCAGCGGCCGCUCCAUCCAUUCGGCAUGAGAGCUAGGCGGAGAGAGGAUCCUGAAUUGCAGCGUUAUCCUGGUCUACUGCAAGGCAAUUUCCGGUAUUUUAAUUUAUGUUAGCGUUGUACAUUAUAUUGUACGGCAGUUAACAUUCCCCAGAAAAAUAAGAAUAAGGUCAAGAACGAAGUUAAUUUCUUCCCGAACAAUUUGAAAAAAAGUAAUAUCCGCAAAAAUAUAACGAAGAUGUCCUUCCUUCUCGAUCUCGCCUCUCAGCAGUUAACCCAUGCAACUGAAAGUCCCGCCCUCUCUCGCCAAUAACAGUAAUUUGGAGCAUCCCGUUCCAGGCGUUCCAUCGGGAGAAGAAAACGCUUGUGAACGAGGUUACCAGGAAUUCUACUCAUCAGGAUCACUGAGCCCUAUAAGUAGUCUCAGGCCACUAGUGGUCUGCUCACUGCUCUGCAUUCUCGCCGCAAUAAUCCGUACAGAACAUUAAACAAGUUCAAACCGAGUUUUGAGCAUGCAACAUCACGACCGUCCCCGGAAUGAGGUUUCACGCACGACAUGGAACAAAUACCAACUUUUCUACAAAUGCACUUUAUAUUUAUUGAUAUUUUGUCUGGAGCUCGAGAGGAGCGUGUCAGAGAGUGUGGACUCUGAUGUGUUUGCCUUCUACCACACGGGGGCCAAGGCCUGCUUAGGAGUGAGGGACCACUCCCUCUUCAUGUCGCCAUCCUGCGACGAUGACACCCAUCGCUGGAAGUGGGUGACCCGCCGUCGCCUCUUCAACCUUGGCUCCUCACUGUGCCUGGGCCUGACCACCGGCAAUACCAGCGCGGAGGAUGGGGUGAACCCCACACUGGGCGUGUACACCUGCAGCCGCGAGCCCCACAUGGUGCGCUGGACCUGGCAUUGCAGUCAUGUGCUUGACCACCUCAACAGUAACCUGUCGAUGAAGGUUUUAUUGGCUGCGGGUAAAGAUUCUGCUCUCACAACCACCGAUGUCCCGGAGGUGGGGAUGAAAUGGCAGCUCCAUGGGGAGGAACAGGACCUUUGCACUAAAUCGUACCACGAGAUGUUCACAAUCCAGGGGAACACCCAAGGCCGUCCUUGCUACUUUCCCUUCCUGUACAAUGGAGAGUGGUUCCACAGUUGUACUGCCGUUGGUCGGGAGGACGGACAUCUUUGGUGCGCCACCACCUACGACUACGGCAAGGACGAACGCUGGGGCUUUUGUCCUGUCAAGUCCAACAACUGCGAGACUUUCUGGGAUACAGACCCGUUGACCGACAGCUGCUACCAGUUCAACUUCCAGUCUACGUUGUCUUGGUACGAGGCGCGCGUCAGCUGCCAACAGCAGGGGUCAGACCUGCUGAGCAUCACCAAGCUGCAUGAGCAGACCUACAUCAAUGGUUUACUGACUGGCUACAGCGCCGCUCUGUGGAUGGGCCUGAACGACCUCGACACCAACGGAGGCUGGCAGUGGGCUGACUCUUCCCCCCUCAAGUAUCUCAACUGGGAGUCUGAUCAACCAAACCAUGAGGAGGAGGAGAACUGCGCUGCGAUCAGAACUGAGUCCUCGGGGCGCUGGCAGAACCGGGACUGUUCCAAUGCCCUGCCCUACGUCUGUAAGAAGAAACCCAAUGCCACCCUGGAUCCUUUCACCACCGAUUCAUGGGCCGACGAUGAGAAGUAUGAGUGUGACGUGGGCUGGCAGGCAUUCCAGGCGGGCUGCUACAAGCUAGUCGCAGAAAAGACCAACUGGGACAUGGCGCAGAGGACCUGCCAGAAGAAAGAGGCUAACCUGGUCAGCGUUCACACUCUGCCAGAGCUGGAGUUCAUCACAAACAACAUGAAGAAAGACAUAGAGGAGCUCUGGAUCGGACUGCACGACACCGACAUGCAGAUGGACUUCCAGUGGACGGACCACACGCCCGUCAUCUUCACCUACUGGCACCCGUUUGAGCCCAACAACUUCCGCAACACCCAGGAAGACUGUGUCACCAUCUGGGGGCCGGAAGGCCGCUGGAACGACAGCCCCUGUAACCUGACCCUGCCCUCCAUCUGCAAGAAACCUGGGACCAAGAGCGAAGGGAAGACUCAGCAGAAAAUCUGCAAAAAAGGGUGGAAGUGGCACAGCCCAGCCUGUUACUGGGUGGGCGAGGAUUAUCUCUCCUUCCAAGAAGCCAAGAAAGCCUGUGAGGACAGCGGGGCUGCGUUAGUCACCAUCACCAACAGGUUUGAACAGGCCUUCGCCAACAGUCUGGUGUUCGGUCGUUCUGGAGACUUUUUCUGGAUCGGGCUCCACAGCCAGGGCCAUCCUGCGGUCUUCCACUGGCUCGGGGGAGACAAAGUGUCCUACACCAACUGGAACAGAGACCAGCCAGUGAGCGGCGGCUGUGUUUCCAUGGCGAUGGGCCACGCCACAGGCCUAUGGGAGGUGAGCGACUGUGCGGCGUCUCGCGCAAAGUUCCUCUGCCGCCAGAACCAAGACGCCUCCAUGGGUCCCGAGCCCCCUGUGCCGGCCCGGCCCCCCUCCCCCGCGCCCCCCGCCCCCACGCCCAGCCUCACCGGCGCCUGCCCCAGCGGCUGGAAGAGCAACAGCAACCUGCGCCACUGCUACAAGGUGUUCCCCCGGUCCCAGCUGGAGGAGAAGCUGAGCUGGCUACAGGCCCACUUGUUCUGCCAGAAACACGGGGCCAACCUGCUCAGCCUCAGCAGCCAGGAAGAAGAUCACUACAUCCUGAAGCUCCUCCAUGACGACUAUGGGGAUUCUGAGGAUCACGAGCAGCUCUGGUUCUGGAUGGGUCUGAACCGCAGGAACCCGAUAGACAACGGCAGCUGGAAGUGGAGUGACGGACUGGCUUAUACCUACCAGAACUUUGGCCGCUACUACUACAACAUCCGGCAGUGUGCCGCGACAGACCUGGGCAGCAAGACUUGGGUGCCCAUGCACUGUGAAAAUGAGCUGCACUGGAUCUGCAAGAUCCCCAGAGGUACUGUUGCUAAGGAUCCAGAAGAUGAUAUAGGCGCCAGUGCUCCAGAGUGGAUGGGCUUCCAGGAGGCAGAGUACAAGUUUUUUGACCACCGCGCCACCUGGCCCCAGGCCCAGAGGAUCUGCUCCUGGUUCCAGGCCUCGUUGGCCUCUGUGCACUCGGAAAAAGAGGGCGUCUUCCUGUCAACUGUUUUAAACAAGACAAAGGUAGAGAGCAACAACUGGUGGUUGGGACUCCACUCGUAUGAAAACGACGGCCGCCUGCACUGGUCAGACCACUCUGUCCUCAACUACGUUUCCUGGGCGCCAGGCAGGCCGCAGCCACUCAGCCGAGACCACAAGUGUGUGCACAUGUCGCUCGACAAAGCCGGGUGGUUGGAUCAGAAGUGCCACUCAGAUCUGCCGUACGUCUGUAAGAGGGUUAACGUUACUGGAACCCUCCCGCCGACCCCGGCGUCACCUCUCCCCCCUUCAGGAUGUCCAGAGGGCUGGUCCUCAUACCAACACAAGUGUUUCAAAGUGUUUGGCCAGGAGAAGUCAUCCAAGGCUACCUGGUCUGCAGCAAAGCUCCUCUGUGAGACAAAUUCUGCCAUGUUGGCUGUCCUGCCAAACCAUUUGGAACAAGCGUUUGUCACGACUCUGCUGUACAACGUCAGCGUGGAUCUGUGGGUGGGACUGACGUCGGACUCAAAAGGCCACUUCAAGUGGGCCCAGCCAGGCAUGCUCAGCUACACCAACUGGGGCCCCGGAGAGCCCCUGGACAACAGCGGGCCCCUCCAUAACAAGACACCGGGGAACUGUGUUGUGAUGAUCCAUGGGAACCCAGAAAAGAACACAGGCAUGUGGGCUUCCAGGCCCUGUGAGAUGAGGAAGCAUGCCUUUCUCUGCCAGAGGAAACAAGACCCCGACCUCCCCCAAGCCCCCGCCCUCAUCCCCCCUUCCUUCUCGGGGCCCUUGAAGCUGGGCCGGUCUACCUACCGGGUGGUCCAGAAGCGCCUGGACUGGAUGGGGGCUCUGCACGUGUGCGGAUCUCUGAACGGGACCCUAGCCAGUGUGCGGGACCCCUACCAGCAGGCCUACCUCACCCUGCUAAUGAGCAGCCUGCACCGGUCCGCCUGGAUCGCCCUCUACAACAACGGGGGACAGAGAGUCUUCACCUGGCUAGGUGAGGAGGACGUGGUGUAUUCCAACUGGCAAGUAGGGGAGCCCAAACAGAUGGCCGGAUGUGGUCACAUGACCAGCACCGGCCAGUGGGUGAUGAGUCCUUGUGAUGAUAAACUCGAGGCAGCUAUUUGUGAGAUUAGUGAGGAGCCAACGGUGCACCAGUGGGCGUACCCGGGCCAGUGCCCGACCUCACUGUCUCAUGGGGCUUGGGUCCCCUUCAGGAACCACUGCUACGCCUUCAACCUGCAGAGGCUCCGGCUGCAGAAGGACGCUCUGUCCUCUUGUAAGAAAGUGGGAGCUGAUCUGCUCUCAGUGCUGGAUGAGAUGGAAAACGGGUUUGUGUGGGAACAUAUUCAGCAGUAUUCCGAACAAGCUAAUGGAGCUUGGUUGGGCAUCACUCUCAAAGGCAGUGCCCUGGUGUGGGACGAGACCACAGACAUGUCCUACACCAACUGGGAGGCCCACGACGUGCUAAGCAUGCUGUCGGCAAACAGCUGCUUCUGGAUUGAGAGCAACACAGGCAUUUGGAAGCCCGGCUCCUGCAGAAACCGCACACAAGGAGUCAUCUGCAAACGGCCACGCAGUAUUGAGCCUUCAGCGGCAACUUCCGAAGUGGACCACUUGCCCACCCUGAUCGUCAUCAUGGCGGCGGGCCUGGUCCUGGUGCUGUUGAUCGUGGGGGUCAUCUACUUGUACCGGCGGCGCGUCCUCGGCUCCGGGGGCUCCUACGACGGGGCCCGCUACAGCCGCACCAGCUCCAGCCCCGCCGAGGAGGCGGAGAAGAACAUUCUGGUGUCGGACAUGGAGCUGAACGAGCAGCCAGAGUGAAACCCUGUCCCGGACCCGCAACGCCCUGCUCUGCUGCGCUGCUUGGAGAACAGCCCUCGCUCUGUGACACUGAUUCCUGAUAGAGAUUAUGUUGUUUAGGAUUAAGCUGCUUGUUCUUUCUAUUAUACAGUACAUAAGAAAGAGAGAGAGAGAGAGAGAGAGAGAGAGAGAGAGAGAGAGAGAGAGAGAGAGAGAGAGAGAGAGAGAGAGAGAGAGAGAGAGAGAGAGAGAGAGAGAGAGAGAGAGAGAGAGAGAGAGAGAGAGAGAGAGAGAGGGGUUUUAUGAUGUUGGAAAGCUGCGUAGAGCGCAGCAGAUGUCAAUAUGAUUUAAAAAAAGAUAAGCCCUCAAAGCUAUUCUUCCUGCGUGUAGAAGUGUGGUUUCUGUCAUUAUUGAGUUAUAUUUGCUUUUCUGUUAGUUUUUCAAAAGCAGUUUUAAAAACACACAAAAAAAUGUGGGACUGCCAAACAUUUGGCAAAGUUUGACAAUCAGAUAUACUGUAAGGUAUGAAUAGGAAAACCAUGUCCGUCUCACGUUUUCUCGAAUAACGUUUGUAAAGUAAUCUGUGAACAAGACCAAAGAAGGAACAAGGGACCAAGAAUCAAACAAAAACAUUCUCUUAUGCCAUUAUCCAGACAAUCUCUCCUGCAGCCGAAUCAUUUCCAUCUUUGUCCCGACAGAAUUUACCUGAAGUUCAGGUGUGCUAGUAUUAUUAUUUGAGCUUUUAUGCUGAUUUCGUUGUUGUUCUUUUUUUCAGUUUAAGUUGAAUUUCUUAGUAUCUACAGCACCAACUGUAUAUACCGAUGAUGACGUUGCAUGCAUUGCUUUUGCCAAAGUAUGUCACUCGCAUAUCCUGAUUCUUACGUCUGCAUGUCAGCCACAGCUUGGUGUGAAGCAGAAGAGACACCAGUCCAAAUGUGAAUGUGUAGAGGGGAAAAACGAACUGUUUACAUUGGGGACGUCCAAGAUAGCCGAAUGCAGUGGCCAAACGAAGGUGUGUGUGUGUGUGUGUAUGUGUGUGUGUCUGUGUUUUUGGGUCUUUGGGAUUAUUUUAUGCACAUAAAUAAAUAGGACUUUGAUUACAGUUGCUGUUCUUAAGUGGACUACUGGCAUAGUAGUACAUAAAUGGACCUUCAAACGUCAAAUUGUCGGACUGACUUUUGCUUAUAAGGCUUGGUUUGUAUCUUUUGGCACUUUUUGACGGUUCACCUCGACUUUACUGGAAUAACGGCAUUUGCUGCCACUUUCUUGGUUUGGUUUGUCAUAUGUAGUCCCAGCAAGUUAUUGUUCUGGCUUUAACAACACAGUUCUGUUUAUUCAAUAAUGAAAAGAAAAAAAAGUAUAGAUCAAUAAACCUUCCUUGUCAUAUUGUUUGCCUGGCUGCGCCGUAACCUUGCAUUACCCUUAAAAAACGCAUCUGCUAUUGUAAAUGAGUCUUAUUUGGACAUUUUCCCACUCGCAUUUUGUUUACCUUUUACAAAAAAAAUAUUUUGUUGCUUCUAGGCGAUAUAGGGACCAGAUGUCAUCAUGAAAAGGUAAUUAGUGCAUUUUCCCUCCCUCUCCAAACAUUCCUUUGUGCUUGUCUUCAGCCUGUGUCAUUUGUGUAAUUUUGUGUACGACUGUACACCCGAAUGCGUCGGGUCUGAGCUUCGUCUUGGUCUCACUAAACUGCUGUGGAAAUACCAGAACCUUUUUAUAUCCUGUAAGUUGGACGAAGAUGGGGGAGAGUAGGAGUAGCCUACAUCUGUGUGUGUGUGUGGGGGGGGGGGGGGGGGUGGUGAGUGAGUGUGUGCUUUUGUACGUGCGUCUGUGUCUUCGCGCGCGCAAGCCCUCUCCAGCUGCGGAAUGUUGAGUCGGCAAGAAGAGCUCAGUUGAAUGUCUGGAACCAAUCAGAGAAGAGGAGGGCUCAGGGCCACGAGGGGUUAAGAAGAAAUGUAGAGGAGGGAGAGACGACAACUACAGGCCAAAAGGAGAAGAGAGCGAGAGAGGUGUAGUGACAUUAGCAGCGGGGGAUGGAGAAGGGACACGUCCUACACUCCGGCUGUCCCCUGCUGGUGGUUUGAGGAACAACCACACGUGAAUCAGAAGAAAACGGUGAUGUUACGCCACGUCCUUGGGAUUGUUCUGCAUUGAAUGGAGACUGGGGUUUGUGUCGUCCCUGUGAAGUUUACCCAGAGCAACCUUUUUGACUUUGUUUUGUACGUCUUUAAUUUUUUAUUUUAUUUUCACAAAUAAAGUUUAUGUUGACAAUCA